AUGACCGACUCAAGCUUGUGUGUCUGUCACAGAGCGAAAGAGGCUUGCGUCGUAUUAAAUUCUCCUCUGAAGUUUAUCUGGCUGAUCUUCUAUCUGGACCUGAGAGAUGAAGAAGGCACAAUCGCUCCUUUUCCAAGCGUUGACCGUGCUUGGCAUUUGGGCUUCGCUUGGACGCUGCUGCGGGCCUACGAGCCCUCCUGCUACGCGCCCUCCUGCUACGCGCCCUCCUGUUACGCGCCCUCCUGUUACGCGCCCUCCUGUUACGGUCGCUCCUGCUACGGUCGCUCCUCCUACGGGCCCUCCUGUUACGGGCCCUCCUGUUACGGGCCCUCCUGUUACGGUCGCUCCUGUUACGGUCGCUCCUGCUACGGGCCCUCCUCUUACGGUCGCUCCUGCUACGGGCCAUCCUGCUACGGGCGUUCCUGUUACGGGCCCUCCUGUUACGGUCGCUCCUGCUACGGUCGCUCCUGCUACGGUCGCUCCUGCUACGGGCCCUCCUGUUACGGUCGCUCCUGCUACGGUCGCUCCUGCUACGGUCGCUCCUCCUACGGGCCCUCCUGUUACGGGCCCUCCUGUUACGGUCGCUCCUGCUACGGGCCCUCCUCUUACGGUCGCUCCUGCUACGGGCCAUCCUGCUACGGGCGUUCCUGUUACGGGCCCUCCUGUUACGGUCGCUCCUGCUACGGUCGCUCCUGCUACGGGCCGUCCUCCUACGGGCCCUCCUGUUACGGUAGCUCCUGUUACGGUCGCUCCUACUACGGGCCCUCGUGCUACGGGCCCUCCUCUUACGGGCCCUGAUAAGAAGGUUGUAUCGCCUACUCGACGGCCCAAGUCUGCUGAGGGCUGUCAGGCACCCUGGCGGCUCAACAACCAACAUAGUUACUGCUUUGCCAAUGACUCUAAAUCUUGGGAUGAUGCCAAACGCUACUGUUCAUCCAAUGGGGGGCACCUGCUGAUAAUCCGGAGCAGCGCGGAGAGGGACUGGUUGAAAGAACAACUCGAUGGCUUUGACUACUGGAUCGGCCUGAAGAGCCCAUACCCGUGGAAGUGGAUUGACGGAACUCCUUUGAAAUCAGAACUAGCGUAAGCAGUAUAAGGAAAGCGUAAUGUAGACACGUAAAAUUUGGGUACUUCCUACUCACUCAUCACUAUAACACCCAAAAUGACAGCUGCACCCAAGGAAAAGUGCUUCUUCUUUGCUUUAUAGGGAACUGAACAGCCUUAUGUGGCGACUGCUAUUAUCAAUAAGAUGAUUGGUAAAGCACAACCGAAUCAGAAUCGAUCAAAAUAACAUCCCUCAGCGUAUCUGCUUUUUAACAGGCCGUUUAGUUAAAAAGAAUUUCUGAAAUGUUUUUUGACAGGCCGUUUUGUUAAGAAGAAUGGUUCUAGUCAAGGCUGAUUUAUGCUUCUGCGUUCCGGUGACAGCGGAGCGACGCCGUAGGCCCUACGCCAGGGUUCACUAAAUCCGGACCCUAGUGACGGGAUCUGUCGUUCACUUGAGUAAACGAAUCCAUUCCGGAUCGUUCAGUAAAAAGAUUCGUUCAAACGAAUCGUUCAACGAAUCGUUCGCCCCCCUCAUCUCCCUCCCCGUCCAAAUGAAUCGUUCGGUUACUGAACGGGAAGUGACGUUGCCGAACGAAUCACCAAAGACCGCUUCGCAGUAUAACUGAACGGGAAGUGACAUUCUUGGUCCCUCCCUCUCUUGCACAUUGACCACUCGUCGUAGUUUCAGUAAUGAGUGACAGGCAAUAUCAUUCUGCUUUCACAGACAGCCUCGUCUCCCUCCCACCCGCUGCUGCAAAAGCGAGGGAGAACUUCCGCGUCGUCUGUCCUAGUUCUAUGGGCUCAAAAUCAUGGCUCGUGCUUGCAUUUCGAUUUAGGACACGGUUAAACAUUUUCCUUUUGUGGGAGGAGUGGGGGUUUGGGGUCGGGGGCGCACGGACUUUCUUUAGCAUGUUCUCGAUCACAUAUACAAUGCUGCUGCUAGCCUGCUACCAGCCAACGCAGCAUGCUUGCUGUCACGAAAAUAAAAAUAAAUCGAAAGUUUAAUUUCUAAAUGGAUCGACCAACACAUAUUUACCUCUCACUCUGUUGUAUUUUUGUUUUCAUGCUCAUCACUAUUAUUUUUAGUCACUAUUGUUAAAACUAUAAGUGUAAAUAGCUAGUUUUCGAAUGUGCUGCUCUGAAAUAAAGACAAUACUGCAUUUUGAUAUUUGACAGUUUAAUUGCAAAUCAGUAUUAAGAUGAUCGUACUGAAUUUUUGCACUGGUAUUAAUAAAUAAAAUAAUCCGGUCAGCUCCCCUGUCGUCCCCGCAUCUCAGAUCGUCAAAUGCUGACGAGAAAUGGUUGUUUGCCCUUUACGAUGUCGCCUUUCUACCCUUAUUAGUCUGUUAAGAAAAAUGUAGACAUAUUGCGACAUCUCCCGUGUCCGCGUGCGUUGUUUUGGGGCGCUUGAGUAGUGCAUGAUGGACGGAUUGACAUAAUUUGUCAAACCAACCAACACCUGACACGGGGGAAAAAAAUAAAACACUCGGAAAAAAAUGACAUGUAUAUACAGUUUCAUUGCAAAUCAGUAUUAUGGUGAUCGUAUUGACGUUUUGCACUGGUAUUAAUAAAUAAAAUAAUCCGGUCAGCUCCCCUGUCGUCCCCGCAUCUCAGAUUGUCAAAUGCU